AUGGUGGUGGUGGCGUCCGCGCAGAGCCCGGCGGCCGGGGCCGCCAAAGUGCUGGUCCUGUCCGGCCAGCCCGCCGCCGCCGCCGCCGGAGCCCCGGCCGGCCGGCCGGUGCCGCUCAUGCUGCCGGGCCAGCGAGCGGCCAGCGCGGAGGCGGAGAGCGGGGGGCCGCCCCUGGCGCGGAAGCGGCAGCGCCUCACGCACCUGAGUCCCGAGGAGAAGGCGCUGCGGAGGAAACUGAAGAACAGAGUUGCAGCGCAGACCGCCAGGGACCGCAAGAAAGCCCGGAUGAGCGAGCUAGAGCAACAAGUGGUAGAUUUGGAAGAAGAGAACCAGAAACUUUUGCUGGAAAAUCAACUUUUACGAGAGAAAACUCAUGGCCUUGUGGUGGAGAACCAGGAGUUAAGACAGCGCCUGGGCAUGGAUUCCCUGGCUAUGGAAGAGGAGGAGGAGACCAAGGGGGACGGAGCGAGGCCGGUGGCCGGGUCUGCUGAGUCCGCAGCGCUCAGACUACGUGCACCUCUGCAGCAGGUGCAGGCCCAGUUGUCACCCCUCCAGAGCAGCUCCCCGUGGAUUCUGACAGUGUUGACUCUUCAGACUCUGAGUCUGAUAUCCUGUUGGGCAUCCUGUUCAACUUGGACCCAGUCAUGUUCCUCAGAUGUCCUUCUCCAGACUCCACCAGCCUGGAGCAGCUCCCAGAGGUCUACCCGGAAGGACCCAGUUCCUUACCGGCCUCCCCUUCUCCAUCCCUGGGGACGUCAUCAGCCAAGCUGGAAGCCAUUAAUGAACUGA